AUGGCGUUUGGCCUAUAUGCUCUGCUGGAGGCUAGUGUUCUCGUACUGAAUGCCAUCUGUAUUCUUAGUGAACAACGGUUCCUUGCUAAAUAUGGAUGGGGGCCUGAUGCGUACCAGUUUGGGAACGAUGUCUCCACUAAAUCGCGCUUGUUGACGUUUAUCACAUCGGUACGAACCGUCAUGAGGAUCCCCCUUAUAGGUGUAAAUUCUUUGCUGAUAGUUUUCAAGCUUGUCUUGGGUUGA